AUAGACCUACGGGACACUUGGAAGGGAAUAUCCCACCAUGUCAACAACCAAGAUAAGACUCAUGGGCCCUGAAGACCUGGCUGAAGUAACUCUUUUGACCGAGAUGGUGUCUUGGAAUUACGGCCAAGAGGUUGUUAGGGCCCUCUUUGAAUCCGACCCAGAAGGAUCGUUUAUUGCUGAGUUGCAGGGGAAAGUUAUAGGUGUGAUAAUGGGGUUUAACCUGAGUGAAAAGGAAGCCUUUGUAGGAAUGUGGAUCGUCAGUGAGUCGUGGCGUGGGCAGCGAAUUGGUACAAGAUUGUGGCAGAGGAUGAAAGAGCACACUGGGGAUAGAAACCUUUGCACAUUUUCUGGGGCAGAAAGAGUUGGACCAAACAAAAGAUUAGGUUUUACAGUGGAAUCAUGGAAAAUAUGCCAUGUCUCCGGUACCAUCGCAACAGAAAAGAUCAAGCUGGAAGAAGAUCAUUGUGUGGUAUCAACAUUUCCUUCUCGUGAAGUGCAGUUCGAUGGCCUGCUUCAUUAUGACACCAAAAUACACACAAUUGAACGUGAAAGAUUUCUAAGAACUUGGAUUAAGGAUAAAUCGACCAUUACUUUAGUUGCUAUUGGCAGGACAGGAGAAAUAAUCGGUUACGGCGCCAUUAAGCGAGAUUCCAACUAUACCAAUCUUGGUCCAAUUUACGGUGAAACUCCCGCCAUUAUGAAAACCUUACUUGUCAGCUUAGUCGACAAGACUACAAUUGGUGAAAUUAUUAACACGCAUGUUCCCGUUGGGAAUGAGAUUUUGCAAGAAUUACUGAGUCAGAAUAAAAGCACAUUUAAAGUUCAUGACGAAUUCACUCGGAUGUUUUUAAAAUAUGAAGUUAAGGCUCCGCUGGAAAAGAUUUUCGCGAUUGCGUCACCAGACGGCAGUCAUUGCUGA